AUGUAUUUACAAAUGGCUCAGAUAAUUGCUGAUUCAAAAUUAAAAGAGCCAAGAAAUAAUUAUGGCAAAGCAAUUGAUAUAGCUACUACAACUGAUCAGAGCAUCUUUCGUUGCUUACUUCAACAAGGUUUUACGGUUGCAUUCAUUCGAGUAUAUCUAUCAAACGGAAAUGGCAAUCCGGAUAGCAAUUGUAUUGCUAGUAUCUACUAUGCUGCUAAUGAACGAUUAGGCGUUGAAAUUUAUGUGGAACCACAACCUCUAAAUUCUGCAAAAACUGGAAGUGGACAAUUUAUGGAAGUGUAUACAUUCCUGAUAAAUAAUAAUAUUGCAAUGAGAGCUAUUUGGAUUAAGGUAACAACACCAAUUAAUUGGCCUAAAAAUCAAGUUGCUAAUGUUAAUUUUAUCAAUGAAUUUAUUAUUUCUGCUUGGCGAUACGGUAUUGCAGUAGGUAUUUAUACUAGCUGGUAUGAUUGGAAACAGAUAACAGCUGGACAGUUAGCAACCGAACAAGGAAAAAUUCGUCUUUGGUAUUGGAAUUCAUUGGGUUUAGGCCCGAAUGCUGCAACUUCACCAACAUUUGAUGAUUUCCGAAUUUUUGACGGAUUUAAAAUGCCAACAGUGAAACAAUAUGCUCAAAAUGAAUAUAUAUGUGGAAUAUACGCUUCCUUAAAUGUCUAUGUCAAUGAAAUAGCAAUGAAAGCUUCUUUACCUCUUAAUAUGGCCAAUGUUAUAGUUGUUGGCAAUCUUCCUUAUCGAUAA